AUGUACAAGAUAUUCCUUCUAGCCGGCCCAAAUAACAAUUUGCCUUUAGUCAAUAAGACCAUGUAUGCCAACUUGCAAUUCAAAGGAGAUCACCAAGGGUCCACUACUACAAAAGAUGAUAGCAUUACCAACUCAUGGCCACAUUAUUCGUUGGCUUUGCAAAUGAUAAGGUUGUACUUUGUUUCCGAUUUGAAUAGUCGACUUGAUUGCAACACCAUUGAAUCCAAAAUUCAGUACUACGAAUCCUGUAUUGACAGGUUGAAUCGAGUACAUAUUGAAGUUGAACGAAGCACGUUUUAUCCAAAAUUGCUAGAGAGCAUAAAGGGACUCAAGCUACUUUGGCUGCAGUAUAACUCCAUAGCUGGAAGGUAUGUCAUUGAUGCAUCGAUUUUGAAUUUCCGAUUUGUGUCGAGGCAAUUAUUGACCAGCCUUGACCUGUUUACAUUUGGCGACACCAUUAACGAGCGAAAGCUUUUACGCUACAAAUCUCGAAGUGAUAUAUACAUGAAUCGUAAGUUGAGAUUGAUGUUUCUCAAGGUCAAGUUUGAUGAAAUCGAUGCCUUGGCAAAACGAGUCAAUUAUGAAUUAAGAACGGGCAUUUUUGAGCAUUCGUCAAUGUACGAUGAAUUUGACAAGUACAUAAAGUUUAUUUCGAUGAAAGAUGACCAAGAUUUGAAUUAUGAUUUAGAUCCAUUGGGGAAAGUGUCGGAGAAUCCUCCGUUGCCUACCUAUGAAGACGAGCAAGUGGUUGGGGGUGGUGGAUUUUCAAUAGAUGAGUUGAAUUUCUACAAUUUUGCCAAUGGAAUGAGCUCUGGCCAUGUGUAUUUCGGUGAAGUCGAAAACAAUGAGAACCAAAUUACAAUCCCCCAUCACAUAUAUAUCAAAAGCAUCUCAUCAGAAAGAUAUUUCAACAUUUUAUGCUUUCUUCUUGGUCAACCGCACAAAAAGACCAAUGCUGAGCACCUAAUACACGAAAUUCUUGAAGCUAGAAAAACAGAUGAGUAUUCUGGUACUGAAGUGCCUUUUAUUAACGAAGUUACGCAAAUCAUACUCAAUGACUCAAAGAAUCAAGCAUAUAUAGACUAA